GGAGCACAGCAUAAUUUGCGUUCACCCACUCACAGUGAGAGUGUAAUAAGAAUAAGAAGAAAGAGCAACCACUCCACUCCACGUUCAUUACUCCGAAUUCAUCAUCUUCGUUUGAAUUGAGAUCGUAAAUGGCGAGGAAGAAGAUCAGAGAGUAUCACUCGAAGAGGCUCCUCAAGGAGCACCUCAAACGCCUCGCCUCCAUCGACAUCCAAAUUCUAUCAGCUCAGGUAACCGAGUCAACGGACUUCACGGAGUUGACGAACGAGCAUCCAUGGCUUUCCUCCACCAAACUCGUCGUCAAGCCGGACAUGCUGUUCGGGAAGCGCGGCGCUCUCAAUUUGGACAUUGCGCAAGUCGCCGAGUUCGUCAAAGCGCGUCUCGGCGUCGAGGUUGAGAUGGGAGGUUGUAAGGCGCCUAUAACUACUUUCAUUGUUGAACCGUUUGUUCCUCACGACCAAGAGUAUUAUCUCUCCGUUGUUUCUGAGAGGCUGGGCUCCACCAUCAGCUUCUCCGAAUGCGGGGGCAUUGAAAUCGAAGAGAACUGGGAUAAGGUUAAAACUAUAUUCCUUCCGACAGAAAAGCCGCUGACUCCAGAGGCAUGUGCGCCGUUGAUUGCUACACUUCCUUUGGAGAUUCGCGGGAAAAUUGGUCAUUUCAUAAUGGGUGUGUUUGCUGUCUUCCAAGAUCUGGACUUCAGUUUUCUAGAGAUGAAUCCAUUUACACUGGUGAAUGAAAAGCCAUAUCCAUUGGAUAUGAGAGGGGAAUUGGAUGACACUGCUGCAUUCAAGAACUUCAACAAGUGGGGUAAUAUAGAGUUUCCGUUGCCUUUCGGAAGAGUUCUGAGCCCUACAGAAAGCUUUAUUCAUUCCUUGGAUGAUAAGACAAGUGCAUCAUUGAAAUUUACUGUAUUGAAUCCAAAAGGACGCAUCUGGACAAUGGUAGCAGGAGGCGGUGCAAGCGUAAUUUAUGCUGAUACUGUUGGAGAUUUAGGCUAUGCAUCAGAGCUUGGCAACUAUGCUGAGUAUAGUGGAGCUCCAAAUGAGGAGGAGGUGUUGCAGUAUGCGAGAGUCGUAAUUGAUUGUGCUACUGCGGAUCCUGAUGGCCGUAAGAGAGCCCUUCUUAUUGGAGGUGGCAUUGCAAACUUCACUGAUGUUGCUGCCACAUUUAGCGGGAUUAUUCGAGCCCUGAAAGAAAAGGAAUCAAAACUUAAAGCAGCGCGAAUGCACAUCUAUGUCAGAAGAGGUGGUCCAAACUAUCAGACUGGUUUGGCAAAGAUGCGUGCAUUGGGGGAGGAAUUGGGAGUACCAAUUCAGGUUUAUGGGCCGGAGGCUACAAUGACCGGCAUCUGCAAACAGGCUAUUGAUUGCAUCAUGUCUAAAGCAUAAAGCAGAGGUGGUGUUUGGAUGGAUACAAGUCUUUAGUCUGUACCAAGCAAGAAGGAGGAAUAAGAUCGAAGGGAGGAGGAUAAAUGUUGCAACCUUGAACUGUUCUUUUCUUCCUAUUGUGAUUUUAUUGUUAUAUUUUGACUGCAAUAUAGCUUAACAUUAUAAAAUCCUCAACAGUAAAUGUGAAAAUUGUGAUUGUCGUUGACAACUUUCCUUUAAAGUGCUAAAUUCCAUGUUUGAUUCUCUGUUUCAA